ACAAGACUUCGAGCAUUUUCUGGUGCCGUUUCAGCUUCAACAUACUUUUCCAAGUCUUCCUUUUCCGAAUCCUCACUUUUUUCUCACUUCAAUCCUCUCCUUAUCCCCCAAACCACGCCCACGCUCCUUAACAUUACGACCAAACCCAAACAAAUCCUCUCUAUCGCGACUCAACCAAUCUAUCCCCAAUUACCUAAUUCUAGUACCUGAAACCCAACGUCAUCAAAUCGGCCCGCCCGGCGAUAGGCCAAAACGGCCCCCCUCCCCGCCAAUAACCCAAGAUACGAGAUUUGUCCCAUAUCGGAAAGGGGAGCAAUAUCGUCAUUUAUCACAUCUUCUCAGACUGCGAUCCAAGCGUCUCAAUUAUUCUCUCUUCUGGCAACGAAGCAGGGGGGAAAAAGAAGAAUCACCAUAUCCGCCAUAGCCACCUCAACUGCAUACCACACCGAGAACAGAGACAGAGGCAUCGUCACAUCUCAGUCGAUUUAGGCACAGCUCCGACAAUCGCCAGCAGUUCUUGCGAUAAGAAAAAAGGAAACAGGAAACCAAAAAUCCAUACCCAGAUAUCUCUCCCUCUUCCCCAUACACACGCAUCCGCGCGCGCACAAGAUGGGUAAACAGGCAAACCUGUACAGUUACCCUACGGUCGACAACCUCGCCGCCCACCUGCGCACUUACAUCCUGUCGUGUCAAAAGGCCGCCUUCCAACGGCACGACGCGUUCAAGGUGGCCGUGUCGGGAGGUUCCCUCGCCGCGACGCUCGCCAAAGCUCUCCUCGUGGCCGGGCCCAACGAAGACCCCGAAUCCGGCCCGCAGUUUUCGAAAUGGGAGGUCUUUUUCGCCGACGAGCGGGCCGUGCCCUUUGACGACGAAGACAGCAACUACGGCCUCCUGAAGAAGGACCUCCUCGACAAGAUCCCCCGUGGACAAGGCACGCCGACCGUCCACGCCAUCAACCUCGAACACCUCGACGACGCUCAGGAGCUGGCCGACCAGUACCAAGAGGCGCUCAUGUCGAGCUUCGCCAGCAAGGACUCGGUCAAGACGCCCAUCUUUGAUCUGAUCCUGCUCGGUUGUGGCCCCGACGGCCACACGUGCAGUCUGUUCCCGGGCCACCAACUCCUGCGCGAGUCCGACGCCUGGGUCGCCCCGAUCGAGGACAGCCCCAAGCCCCCUCCCCGAAGAAUCACCCUGACCCUCCCCGUCGUGACGCACGCCCACAAGAUCGCCUUCGUCGUCACGGGCGGCGGCAAGAAGGAAAUCCUGAAAAAGAUCCUCGAGGCCGACGACGAAGGUCGCAGUCUCCCCUGUGGCCUCGUCAACGAGGGCGGCGGCGAAAAGGUGAGCUGGUUCACCGACCACGCCGCCGUCGAGGGCGUUUCCUUCCCCAGGAGGGGAAGUUUGUGAAGAGCAAGACACUCCUGCUCCGCUCCCGACGAGGCAAACCACGAACCCCCCCUUUCAUCUUUCUUUCAACGUCGGAACGAUAUGAUAUAGAAGCUUAGGAAAUUUGGGAUCAUCGGAAUCAUAGAAACGAAUUUUUUUUUUGCCCUCUUCUUCAACCAGUGGGGCCAGGCGUUUUCGCUCGUGCGGCACGAUUUUCGAUGGUGCAGCGACGAAAACUCGGCGGCCCCGUCAUCAUGAUGACUUUUGAGUAGUCGAUGGGAAGCGAGAGAAAACCAACCCCGGAUUGAUAAAGGUCCUCGGAGGUCCUUUUAUUUUGGCAACGCUUGGGCAACGACAUAUCUGUGUUCAUGUCCUGAUCGAGUCGAGGGCAUACUCUAUAGAAAGAGUACCUAGCCAAAAGGGUUCAAAUCGCAAUCUCGGUCUCUUUUCAUCUUCUUCUUUCCCAACAGAACAGGAUAUAUAGAUUCAUGAGACCGUUCUACUACUCGUA